GUCGUACACCUCGUUCUACAACUUCUAUGUAAAAAAUGGGUAUAAUCGACUUUAUCAAGGAUAUUAUCCGUCCCGGUAAUGGGGUGGAUUAUCCCAAAGCUGGCGAUAUGGUCACGGUCCACUACCAUGGCUAUCUUUACGAUCCGACCCGAUCAUGGAACCGGGGGCGUCGGUUCGAUAGUAGUAUCAAGCGAGGAAUCCCCUUCACGUUCCAGAUUGGUAUGGGUACCGUCAUCAAAGGAUGGGAGGUCGGAAUUCUUGGCAUGAGCCUUGGGGAAAAGGCUCUUCUUACGUUUGGGCCUCACUACGGAUAUGGUGCAAGGGGUGCACCUCCAUUUAUCCCCGGUAAUUCAACUCUUGUCUUUAAUGUGGAACUUUUGGCCAUCAAUGGACGCACUCUUCAGUCAGAUGACUCCGAAUAGUGAAAGGUACGGCAUGCUGUAUGUUUACUCUCCUGUGUAUUAAAUCCAUACUGCGUCUACAAAGGUUUCUUGUAUAUUGUACAACAGUAUAUUAUUAGGAAUACAUGGCCCGCAAAAGGGUAGCAUGGAUGUUAGCCCAGCA